AGAGAGAGAGAGAGCGUCUUAACGCACAGUGCUGUUGUGUAGACCGUUAUCACACUGAGAGAAGCUUUUUCAAUCAUUUAAGCAUUUUUUUUCGGGGAUAAAUUAAAAGAAAAAAAUCCCAGUGACAUCAAGACGACAUGGGGAAGGUUGAAGGAGGAAUGAAAUGUGUGAAAUACCUUUUGUUCGUGUUCAACUUCAUAUUCUGGUUAAUAGGCUCCUUUGUUCUGGCGGUGGGACUGUGGCUGCGCUUUGACCCGGAAACUGUUUCUCUACUCAACAGCGAUACGGCUCCAGAUACCUUCUUCAUCGGUGUCUACAUACUGAUUGGUGCUGGCAGUUUGGUGAUGCUGGUUGGUUUCUUUGGCUGUUGUGGAGCUGUCCGAGAAUCUCAGUGCCUUCUGGCUUCUUUCUUUGCUUGUCUCCUGAUCAUUUUCGGGUCUGAGGUGGCAGCAGGGGUGUUUGGAUUCCUAAACAAAGACAAGAUCAUUGAAGAUGUCCAGAACUUUUACAUAAAAUCCUAUAAUGAAAACAACAACAGCACUUUGAUUCUUUCUUACCAGAAAGUGCUGAAGUGUUGUGGAACCGCAGCAAGCCCAUGCCCUGUUUCUGAGCCAGAUUUUAAGGACUGCGAAACAGGAAUCAAAGACUUCUUUAACAGUAAACUCCACAUAGUCGGCUACGUGGGCAUCGGCAUCGCUGGAGUUAUGAUUAUUGGGAUGACUUUCAGCAUGGUGCUCUGCUGUGCCAUUCGCAACAGCAGGGAAGUCAUCUAAGUCCUGCAACUCCUCCUUUAUCUAGCUCCUAAAGACUCUUCAGCACUUCGGAUGAAAUGCCAGUGAUCCACACAAGAACCCAGCAAACAGAACUUUCCUUUCCAAUAUGGUGCUCACAUUUCUUCAUCUGCUCUUCUAUUAUAUUUGUUUCCUUGUAUACUUCUUUCUGUAUUUAUAGUCAUAUUUUUAGAAUAAUCUAGAUUUGAUAACAUUUUGAUUGGACUUUCACAUAUCAAGCGGGACCAGUACCGUUUGUUUUGACCUGACAAUAUGUCAAAUAUAUUCAUUUUUUCCAUGUCAGCUAUUUGGACCCAACUACGUAUUUUAACCCACGUGUUGUCACAGCCAUGUCAAUGCUGUUUCACACAGCCUUGACACUGACCCCUCAGCUGUGGGAAACUAGAGCCCGAGAGAGCAAUCUGAGCGGAAAACCGCUGAGUUGGCCGAUUUGUAACACACACACACACACACACACACACACACACACACACACACACACACACACACACAGAGUAGUGUACAUCUACAAGCACAGCAAUGUGGUGCUAUGUGAGACCGCAGUGUCAAACAAAAGGUUUUGUGGACUCACAUUGAUUUUCUGACAGGUGGCAUCAGAUUGCCAUGUAAACCGGAGGAGUGACUUUUCAAUAUCUCAAACACAGCCUCAGCACGCUUACUCACACAGACACCCACACACAGAUUGCUCUCCACAACAAAAGUCUAGGAAAAAGGAAUAGCAUGAUGUUUUACAGAAUUCAAGAGAUUGAUGAAAAUCCAACUUUCACUUCGGAUCCCCGAGAUGAAUUUCAGCCAUCGGACAGUUUCCUCGUCGAAGCAUGUCAACUGUAAACAGACCUUUGUGAAAGGUCCCAGACAGAUGAGGUACAGUAUGCUGCCUUCAGAUCCCCUUAGACCGACUAUAUUUGAAACCUAAGCUGAUAACUAGCUGCUGGACUUUCCCACUGUAUAUGUAGUCAUCAUGCAGACAGUUGUAGGCUCCAAACAACUUUUCAUUUAUUUACUACAAGGACAUGUACAUUUGUUUACUCAUUUAUUUUCCAAAUGCCUACUGUGCAACUAAGAUGUUACAAGUGAAACAAAAAAGAUUGCUGAAGCUGCCUACUCGGGGAGGAAGGACACUCUUCUAAUCCAAUACACCCUGAGGUUAAAAAAGCUCCGCAAAUGUAUAGUGUGGUCCAAUAAAGAUACAUUUUAGAGAGCCUUACGCACGGCUAAACAAUGAACUGGAUUCCUUCAUCCAAGGUCUUGUGAAUACCACUUCCUACUCUCAUAAUAAAUAUAUGCUCUUACAUAAGAGAGUAUACUCUGCAGCGCAUGUUGUCUGUAUAGUAUGACUGGGAUCAAGUGGCCACGUUUAGAGACUAAAUAUAAACCAGCUGGCAAACUGGGGCGUAGAAGCGUGGUUCUCCGAACACAGGCCUUUGAUCUCCACCCAAUAUCCUCCUCUAUUUAACAUUUGUGCCUUAAAAGUACAACAUAACAGCAACAAAAAAAAGUAGUAAAAAGGUUGUUGCAGUCCUCGUACGUCAUUGACUUCAUAGUGUAGGAGGGUCGGAUAGACACACCCAGUGUACUGCUUCCAUUUAUUCAGGUUAAAUCGGGCUGUGUUGAUGCUGUGGCAUUUAUUCCAAGUGUCAGGAUUCAAGGAUGUAAAUAUGUCUUUUGUUUGUUUUUGUAAUUGUGCAUUUUUUUUUAUUUUUUGUGGCUGGUGUCAUAGUUAUAAUUUAACAUGCUGUACGUAGACAAGUGUUGUCUGUAGUCGGUGUUGUAUUCAUGACAGGUUGUGCAACAGUUAAAGCUAAUUAUCCUCAUAACUAAAAAAAAAUACAUCUUUUAACGUGCCUUUCUUUGAUAAGAAGAAGAAAUUUGGAGAGCUGCAAGCUGUCUGAACGUGGAAAAUACAUGUAGCAAAAGUGUACAAAUGUUUGUAGCGUUGGACUGCAGGUAUACUGUCACACACUUGAUCCACAUGUGGCAUCCUUUUCUGUCAUGGUUACGGUGUGUUUUUAAGUGUUGUACUUGACUUUGUCUCCUCAGCUAAAACCUGCCAGUUGUGGGUUGUUUUUUUUUUAAUAAUUAUUCUUCAAGCUUUUGGUACAUAAAAACCCAGUUUUAAGAUCCAGAAUAAUCAUCUUUUUGUUGCUUUUAAAUAAGCCAGCAACAUCUGAGACAAAAGCAUUGUUGUUGUUUUUCAUUUUAGCAUAAUGUGACUUAAUCAAGAGCACAACAAAGGCUUACACAGUACUUCAGGAUGCCACUUGGCAGUGUUUACUCUGACUAAUGAGGCAACACAAAAGAGAGUCUCUAGACUGUCACUUUAGCCUCAGUGGAGCUUUUCUUUUCUUUUUUUCACUUAGUCCCAAAGCUGUUGCUGUGUUGCUCGGUUUUGUUUAUGUGAGGAAAUCUAGCGAUGUAACACACAGUGUGCAUCUAAAAAGAGAACUGUGUAAACACACCUCAAGGUGAUUUUGUGUUUAUUUAUUUCAAUACAUUCCCACGAAUAUAGGUGCGUGAAGUUUAAUAAAGUUUCUAAGAUUUUACACA